GUACUGCGCAUGCGCCAGUCAUACUAGCUACGCUUCCCAGGCCCUGCAGUGUUCUCUCUAGCACCGCCCACAGGAGGAUUCUGUCUGUUCCCGACCAAACAGAGGCUAGGCCAGAGUGUCAGGAGGCCUGUCUGUGGAGAAGGUGAGAUGCGAUAAUGGCGGGAAGAGGAUGUGGACGGACCUGUAUGGUGCAGCACAUAAACCUGCACAUUAUUGAUUCCCUGAUGAUUCUGGGUUUUUGCUUAGUGCUUCCUUCAUCGUAAGCAGUUGUGUGCAAAAGGAUGGGUGCUGGAGUCAAGUGUGUGAUCACUGGAACCAACAUUAAAGCUCUUGGCCGUGCUAUUCACUCCUUAUCCCGGAUUGGGGAAGAGCUGUACUUUGAACCUUUGGAUGAGGGGCUAUGCCUGCGUUCGGUGAACUCCUCACGGUCGGCCUACGCCUGUUUUACCCUUACUCCGCUCUUCUUCCACACCUAUGAGGCAACUGGAGGGAGCUGCCAUUGUAAGCUGUUUAUGAAGUCAGUGUUGAGCGUCUUCCGGUCUCUACCUUCUCUAGAGAAGACUGUGGAGAAAUGUCUGAUCAAACUGAAUAUGGCCAGCAAUCGCCUAGUCAUCCAACUGUUAUGCAAAUAUGGAGUUAUGAAAACCCAUAACUUGUCAUAUCAAGACUGUGAAUCCCUACAAGCUGUGUAUAAUCCAGACAGCUGUCCCAAUGUACUUCAAGCACAAGCCAGACUCCUGUCAGAUGCAGUGGUGCACUUUCCGCUGACGCUUGCAGAGGUAACAUUGAUGGCAAGUCCAAGUGGAAAAGUCACACUCAGGAAUUAUGUGGAAGAGGAGACAGAUCCUAGUAAGACGAUGCUGACUGAACUAUCACUGAGCAGAGAAGAAUUCCUGGUUUUCCAGCUUAAAGACCAGAGGGAGAUUACUUUUUGUCUGCGCGAAUUCAGGGGUCUUUUAGGUUUUGCAGAGUCCUGUAGCCUUCCCAUAUCUAUACAUUUUGACAGCGCUGGCUGUCCGGUUGUAUUCAGUGUGGAUGACACCGUACUCGAGGCCCAUUUUGUUCUCGCCACUCUCUCAGAUGCAGAUUAUUCCUCACAGUCCCAGAACCACAGGCCUUGUCUACCAAAUGAUGAUGAUUUUCUGGGAGAUGACCUUGACUACAUGAUUGCUAUGGAAACCACUCUAGCUGAAGCCUCCUCACCGCCACGUAGUCCAACAUUCAGUCAUCCUCUCCCUGUACACGAAGAACAAGAAGGAGAGAGUGAAGAUGAGCAGGAGCAGGAGAUCCCAGGGACACCACCGAAUAAGAAGUUCCGGUCUUUGUUCUUUGACUCGGUUAUCCAAAAUUCUGGACGGACAGAGGAAGAAGUUCUUGCAGAAGACAGUGAUGGAUAAAGCAGCAAAUAUAACUUCAUCAAAUACUAUGAGCUGAUGGGAAGUCAGCAAUGUCCCGAGUCGGGGCUACAGAGCACUGCCCGUCCUCUACUGUAAUAAGCGGACAUAUUGUUAUGCUCAAGUAUGAACUCUACAAAGAAUAAUUUGGGUCAGUGCAAAGAAGCCUUUAUCUGCUACAGAUAUAUUUCCAAAGAGCAACAACAGGACUAUCACAGUUUAACUGUAAUGUAGGUGCUGGUCUUAAAGGGGUCACAGACCUAAGAUCGAAUCAAUGCCAAACUGUAAAUGUUUAUUAACGCUCCAGCAAUGUGGCAGGGCAGAAGGUAAUAUUUUGGAUCAGAAUGCAAAGGAGGCAAAAGUUUCCCUAUAACAACUUGACAAAAAGACUGCUCUGAUCCGAAAAGCUGUCUUCUGCUGUGUGAUGUCACUGGAGCCUCAAUAAAUGUGCACAAUUCAGCAUCAAUUCACGUGUGUGCUGUCGGGAUGUUUAGCAUUGUCUAGGCUCGGAAAACCAGAGACAACAAAAAUCGUCAUAACUGAUUAAGCAAUAGACAGAAAUUACAGAAUGAGGGGAAAGGUAUGAAAAUGCUUUGGUUUUGUAUUUUAUUUUUAGAAUAAAUCAUCUCUGGGGUAAAGCUGUCGUUUCUCGUAUUUCUUUUGCAUUACAAUCAGAGCCAUAAAUUCCAGAUAACUUGUCUUAGCGCUGGAGUACCCCUUUAAGUAAUAAUGAAACACCAGAUGGGUGAACAGGCCACAUAGAUGUCGGACGGCAAACGCAUU